AUAUUGCUUUCAGACAGUGAGAUUAUGCAGUAAUUCGAAGACACUCGUCAACGUUAUCUGAAUAUUCGAACAUAACACUGCGAACGAAUUUUGACUUGAAUCCAGAAACAAAAACAAUGGAGGCGUUGGAUUACCACGCGGAGGAGAGGAGAAAGGCAGAGUUUGACGUGGAAGAGAUGAAGAUCGUUUGGGCUGGUUCUCGUCAAGCUUAUGAGAUCUCCGAUCGAGUUGCUCGUCUCGUUGCUAGUGAUCCGGUUUUUCGAAAGGAUAAUAGAACUAUGCUAUCUAGGAAGGAAUUGUUUAAAGAUACUUUGAAGAAAGCUGCUCAUGCGUGGAAGAGGAUAAUGGAGCUUCGUCUCCCUGAAGAAGAAGCUAGUCAAUUAAGGUUUUUUAUGGAUCAGCCUGCUUUCACAGAUCUUCACUGGGGAAUGUUUAUACCUGCUAUUAAAGGAAGUGGAACUGAGGAACAGAAAGCCAAGUGGCUUCCAAUGGCAUAUAAGAUGCAAAUUAUUGGAUGCUAUGCACAAACUGAGCUUGGUCAUGGCUCCAAUGUCCAAGGGCUUGAGACUACUGCAACAUUUGAUCCUCACACUGAUGAAUUUGUCCUUCAUAGUCCCACAUUGACUUCAAGCAAAUGGUGGCCUGGGGGAUUGGGUAAAGUAUCCACACAUGCUGUGGUUUAUGCUCGACUUAUAACAGAUGGACAAGACCACGGUGUGCACGGUUUUAUUGUCCAGUUGCGUAGUUUGGAUGAUCACUCACCUCUUCCCGGAAUAACAGUUGGUGAUAUUGGAAUGAAAUUUGGAAGCGGGGCAUAUAACAGCAUGGACAAUGGUGUUCUCAGAUUCGAUCAUGUGCGCAUUCCAAGGGACCAAAUGCUAAUGGGUGUUUCACAGGUUACAAGAGAAGGGAAAUAUAUGCAAUCUGAUGUUCCUCGCCAGCUGGUUUAUGGUACGAUGGUCUAUGUCCGUCAAGCAAUUGUAGCUGAUGCUUCUACUGCCUUAUCAAGGGCAGUUUGUAUUGCAACGAGGUAUAGUGCUGUCCGUAGACAAUUUGGUUCGCAGAAUGGUGGUCCAGAGACCCAGGUGAUUGGCUACAAAACACAGCAAAAUAGACUAUUUCCUUUGCUUGCUUCUGCCUAUGCUUUCAGAUUUGUCGGUGAGUGGCUGGAAUGGCUAUACACGGAUGUGACCCAAAGAUUGCAAACCAAUGAUUUCUCCACAUUACCUGAGGUUCAUGCAUGUACUGCGGGGUUGAAGUCUAUUACUACUUCUGCAACUGCAGAUGCAAUUGAAGAAUGCUGGAAACUAUGCGGUGGUCAUGGUUAUCUGUCUAGUAGUGGGCUCCCCGAGUUAUUUGCAGUUUACGUCCCUGCCUGUACUUAUGAAGGUGACAAUGUUGUUCUGCUUUUACAGGUUGGAAGGUUUCUAAUGAAGACCGUUUCCCAGCUGGGGUCCGGAAAGAAGCCUGUCGGAACGAUAGCUUACAUGGGACGAGCAGAACACCUCUUGCAAUGCCCUUGUGAAGUUGAAAAGGCUGAGGAUUGGCUAAAGCCACACGUAAUAGUGGAGGCAUUUGAAGCAAGGGCUGCUUCGAUGGUUGUUGCCUGUGCGAAAAACCUGAACAAAUUCCCAGAGCAAGAAGAUGGUUUUGCUGAACUCUCAGCUGAUUUGGCCGAGGCUGCAGUUGCUCAUUGUCAGUUAAUCGUUGUUACUAAGUUCAUUGAGAAACUGCAACAAGGCAUACCCGGAAAGGGGGUGAAAAGACAGUUGGAGAUCCUAUGCAAUGUAUAUGCUUUAAGUCUGUUACACAAACAUCUCGGUGAAUUUGUUGCCUCCGGCUACAUUACCUCGGAGCAAGGUGCACUAGCAAAUGAACAGCUGAGAUUAUUGUACUCCCAGGUCCGUCCGAAUGCUAUUGCACUUGUUGAUGCAUUCAACUACACCGAUCACUUCCUUGGCUCGGUUCUUGGUCGCUAUGACGGAAAUGUGUAUCCGAAACUAUACGAGGAAGCAUGGAAGGAUCCUUUGAAUGAAACUGUAGUGCCUGAUGGAUACCGGGAGUACAUUCGACCGAUACUGAAGCAACAUAUUCGAGUUGCUAGACUCUAAAGAAAGAAACAAUCAACUACCAUGCUGUUGAAUUGUAUAUAAAAAAAAUGGUUGUCUCUCGUUCCCAUAUGUAAUGGGGUAAAGGGAGGUAAGAUAGUAGGUUACCUCUAACACUAGGUUGAGAGCAGCUUCCGUAGGAGACCUCAAAAUUAUGAAUAAAGUGCAGCUGGUCACUCG